CGUGUGGGUGAUCAGGUCAUGUACGCCAUGUCAUGUCUAUAUUUAGCAAGAUCGAGGAUAUAAGUACCACUGGCAAGUGUGUUGGAAGACUGCAAACUGAAUGAAUACGUGCAGAUAAAUUGCCAUGGGAGACCUACAUAUUCGAUGCACCCUCAAUGGACAGGUGAUUACAGAUGACCCCUCACAUGUUGUAGUGGAUGUAUUCUUUAACGAGUGUUUUCUUGAGCGAGGCACAGGUCAAACAGGGGAACUACUAGCAUGUCUGCACUGGGAAGAGCCUGAGGAAGCGGUGACGUCAACAGUUGAGUUAAAACCAACGAAAGACAACAGUUCUGUUGAAGACGAAUUCUGCAGACGAGUCAUUCAGGAAAAGAAACAUCUGUACUCUUUUGUCAGUGAAGUUUAUGAAACAAUUAACGUUAGACUGGUUGCAGUGAGAUCCCCGCCUCUACAUUUUACUUUCCGGCAUCCGAGAAGAACACCAUUUCCCGAGAGAUCAGAUGAAUUUUUCAGACUGCUAAGAAAGUUUGUAUGUAGCUGCGUGUCAUUGAAGUCAGACAUCAACGUAGCACUGAAAUCAGAUGGACAGUACACAGUGCCCUGUACCACAUUCUUUCACAGUUUCAACCAGAGUGGAGAAAGAUUUGAUAGACGAACCAAAAGUACUCCGGGUACUCAAUCGGUACAACAACAACCGCUUCAUGAAAGGUUUGCAUUGAUAGAGGAAGAAAUAUCAAGCCAGAGAGAACUCUUGACAGAGCAUGAUGUUGCUCAUAGGGAACAAAUCAAGAACAUUAAAGCUACAUUAAUACGUGUCUUAGACUAUAUCGAAGGUAGCACGCCAUCCGUUGAGGAGAUGGCUCUUGAAGGGAGUGAAGCCAGCUGUACCGCAGUGGAUGGCAGUGUAACAAAACAGGACAUCGUUACUGGUCUGGAUUUUAGUGCUAGAGACAUGAGUUCUGGUUCUGUCUACCCAGGUGGAAUGAGAAGCAUCAUACACAUUGGAACUUUAUCAGCAGACAACGACCACGAAAAUGAAUUCACCAAAGACACAAGUAAUCAGGAGGAAUUGUCGAAUCUUGACAGAUGUGCCAGCUCCCAACAGCAUGGUGUAACAUCAGACCUUGCACAAUGCAAUCUUAGGGCUACAAACACGGAACCAGAGCCUGAAUUAGCAGACAGGCUCACUACAAAUGCACAGACACAUAUAUCAUCAGUAGGGAAAGAGGAUGGUUUGAAAAAGCAACCAGAAAAGGAUAAUUUUGCGAAAGACACUUCAGCUGAAAACAGUCCCAAGGAACCGUCAAACGUUGAACACCGUGCUAAGAGACAACCCCAUGGGAGAAAUUCCAGUUCUGAACUGCUUUGUCAAGGAAUGGGGAGACUGGCAUCUGUGAAUGUACCUGAUGUUACAGACUUAAAGAGUAUGCUAGUCACAAUGAGACGGGACAACAGGGAGACGCUGUCGAAACUGGCCAAGGGGGGAAGGUUUGACACUGGCGUGACUAAGGAAGGGAGAGCUGUCACGGAUUCUUUCUUGGAGAGUAUGCGACAGAUGACAGAAUAUCGGAGUAUCCUUGAAAACAUUCCUGGUGCAACUAGUGUUUUGGAUGGAAUGAUGGGUGCAUAUGAAGAGGCAAUAACCAGCGCAGGUGAUUCUGAAGGCAUUCCUAAAGCUCUAGGGUUAGACACCGUUCUUUGUCUCGACACGUCCGGCAGUAUGAGGGGGGAUGCACUGAUAGAACUGAAGAAAACUGCCCGAGAACUCAUCGAUGGAAUUGAGGACAUAGCAGAAGAACACUCCAUUGAGGAAAAUGUGGCUCUGGUUACGUUUGGGGGCACAGCAAGAAUUGCCCAUCACCUGACAAAUGACUAUGAAUCGUUGCGUGACUGUAUAGAUGGACUGGAAGCACAUGGGACAACUCCUCUUCUCCAAGGUCUCGUCGUAGCCUUGUCUUGUCUUGUCAGGGGCGGAAUUUGCAAUUUUGGCGGGAUAAAAACGACUCCAAGAAUAAUUUUCAUCACUGAUGGUUUAGCUACGGUCGAAGGCGAGGUACACAUGGAAGACGGAACGCGUCCAUGUGAGCAGGCCAAGCUAUGUGUGAUAUCCUCAGUCAAUGACCUAGGACAUGAUGGCUUCAAAUGUGCUGUGGCCGGACCCAUCGUGUGGAUUCCGGUAGGGAAUGCGGAUAAGAGUUUCCUAGAAUCCCUUUCGACAAUUUGUAAAGGCGAAUUUGUGGAAAAGACAGACAUGAAAAGACUCAGUAGAUACCAGCACAUCAGGCGGCUAAGCAGCAGUGUCCUCGCCUGUGUGAGAAGUGAAGAUAUUGAUCCCGCCGAGUUCCACCACAAACUCGAUGUCAUCAUUGAUGCCAUAACUCAUGAUGUAACAACGGAAGAGAAGGACGAGGUUGAAGCCAUUGUUAGAGAACAACUCUGCAGUGUGGAGGUUGACUUAGGUGCUACAGACGACUUCAGCAACGCCAUUGAAUACGGCAAUCUUCCCCCUCUUGGAACAAGGGUAGAACGGGGUCCUGACUGGAAGUGGGGGAAUCAAGACGCUGACGGCCCGGGGACUGUCAUCAACCACGGACAAUCAGCAGAUUCUCUAUGGGUCAAGUGGGACAAUGGAGGCAGAAAUGUGUACAGGUACGGCGAGGAAAGUGCCUUUGAUGUCCUGAUAGCAGACUAUCUACCGCGUGUUGUGGAGCAUAGUCAAAUCACAAUCGGUGUCCAAGUAGAAAGAGGGCCGCACUGGUUGGACGCCUAUCAAGAUCAAGAUGGUGGACCCGGAAGUUUAGGCACCGUCAUACGUAAGCGUGGCCACAAAGUGAAGGUUCGUUGGGAAAAUGGAGAUACGUUUAACUACAACUAUGGAGAAAACAAUACAUUCGAACUGAAGCUAAGAGACCCAUUCUCAUGCCAGACAGUGCAGGUUCCGGAAACGAACGGUUCUCUGUGUUCCACUGGACAAUCAAACGGAAGGGAUGAAGAUAAACCGGGUGCGCAAUACGUGUGGCAGAGAAGUGAUGAUGGGACCACAUGGCACAAUUACUCGGAGGAGGAAGACAGCAAGCUGAAGAAGGAGUAUGAGAAACGGAAAACUGGUUCAUGUCUCCUGACAAGAAAUGGUGAAAGCUUCAGAGUUUCCUUCAAAACAAACACCGAGAGGGCAGUGACCAACAAGACCACAGCACAUAUCAGAAAACGAUAUGCGGACAAAUGAAUCAUAUAACAGAACAUGCACGAUCCGAACAUCUGAUAUGAAGUGCCCAAAGUCUUGGGGAAAUUCCCCAGAGGCAUCAUUUUGACAUUAGAUUGUGCUGCAGUAGUAUAAUGAAAAUGUGAACAUAAGUAGAGAAGUAUUUAUGAUGGGAAGAGGUUAAGUGGAGUGGGGCGUCUGUCAAGACAUCGAUCAGUAUCGUUUGCUCUGCCUUUCGUUAUGUUGAUUCAAGUCAGCAGUUGCAAUUCCAUAAUAAUAGCAUCGUAAUAUAAUUACCGGAAAUCACAAUUCCUCUUUUAAAAAUCACUCAAAUAACGUUACGGUAUAUAUCCACACGCAUCAGAAACGCGUGAAAGUCCGGAUAAGCUGUUUUCUUUAAUCCGCGAUUGUCUUAAGAGGCGAUGCUGAUCAGGCUCGUUGAUAUAUUAAGUGGGUAGAUCUGCUGAUGACAGCCAGUGGAUUGUACAGUCCACACUCGGGUGUUUCACACAUCACCGUCACAUAGAAGGAAUAUAUGUAGCUGAGUACGGCACUGAACGUUAAUCAAACUUGCGACCAAGUGUAAAUGUUGUCUAUAUGACCUGAAACGUUUCUGUUUGAGGUCUAUGCUUGAUAUGUUUUCAAUAAAAUUCUCCUUGUGAGUUCAAGAAAUUGUUUCCUGGAUUGGGGAAAAAACAAAAUUGUAAAUAUUACUCACUGAAUGACAUUUGACAUGGAAGUGAGAAUUGGGAGGUUGGUGUACCCUACAGUUAUAAAAUUAGAGAUUGCAAAACCUUAUGGAUGAUCAACUUCUUAACAAUGACGACGUUUCGUUAUAGAUUCUUAUACAGUUUUCAAGCAUGUUUUCAAGCAUUCUCCAAAACGGUAUAAGAAUGUCGCGAUUGUUAACAUAAAGAAGUUGAUCAUCCAUAAGUAAUAAAGAUGCUACUUUAUGGUUCCGACGAAUGUUUGUGGUUUUAUAUCAGUUUCCGCUUCUCUGUACGCUACAAUAUGAAGAUUGAUGCUCAUUAGUGUGGUUUACACAAUGACAAUAAAAUAUAUAUUGCCCUUUA